AGGGGGGUCAUCAGCUUUGGUGUAUGUGUUGGCUGGUUCUGAAAUCUUGAAGGAGCCCUACAUUGAGGAAGAUCAAAGCAGCAGUCUUUGCCAACUGGGGAAUGGACCGUUUGAGUUCCUUUAGCAGUUACAAAAAAGUUCCGGAAUCCUUUGUGAAGGACAGUUUGGCUAUAUGUAUCAGAAAUCCUCUGUACACUCAACAAUUCUAGUUCUAGGAAAAUAGAAGUCCUGAGAAGCAAAAUGUCUUCAUUUAGAAACAAAUAAAAAGAACAGUAAUCACCACUUAAAGGAGGGGAAGGUGCCUUGAAGAGUGUUUCUUGGACUUUAUGAAGGAAAGUGCUAUUACAGAAUGUGAGAAAUUCUGCCCCAGGCCAAAAAGAUUAAAUCCCUUCUCUACCUUCAAAGCCUGUUUUCUUAGACUCCUAUUGAUCAUAGAGAACAACUCUGCUAGAUUUCCCUGACUCAAGAGUGGCAGAGGUUGGGCAGCCAGGAAUGCACGUAUCUGCAAUUUUAUGACUUUAGAGAGUUUGGAUUGUACUCCUUGCCUGAAUAUUGCAGAGACAAUACUGUCAUUGGAACUAGAGGAUGGUCUGCUCUGUUCUCUGCUUACUGUGGGAGAAAGGAAGGGAGCUGUCUUGGGUAUAAUUCCCAACUCAAAUAUAAAGUAGUACAUCCCAAGGCAUGUAUAUACAUAUAUAUAUUUUUUAAGACAUAUAUUUAAAGGGAUUUCCCCCCCACUUUUUUUUAUGAAAAAUUUCAAACUUAUAGAAAAGCUGAAAGAAUAGUACAGUGAUUGUUGCUCAUUACCCAGGUCCCGCAAUUAUUAACAUUUAGUCAGAUUGACUGUCUGUAACUAUGUAUGUAUUAGGUAAGUAUGUGACAUUUUCCCCUGGGAAAAUAAAUUGUGGGCAUUAUAAAACUUCCAUAAUUUCAAAAACAUAAUUUAAAGCUUGUGUUUAUGAAUUUCUCUGCAGGGGCAAUAUCUACUCUAAUGCUAUUUGAAGUAGUAGGUAUACGGUAGGAAGGUACAGAGCUGCCCUGAAAUAAAAAGGAACAUACUUUUUGCUUUUUCUUAUUUGGAAUGAGCUCAUCUUGUCUCCAUGAACUUUUCAGUACAGCUUACUGCCUCUUAUAAUCAUCUGCAGGUUUUUGCCUUCUUGCACAUAAGAUAAUCAUAAGGUGUUUUGAAACUAGUAUAUUUUUCUUUUUGUCCUAGAUGACCCUUCCGAUAAGCCACCUUGCCGAGGCUGCUCCUCCUACCUCAUGGAGCCUUAUAUCAAGUGUGCUGAAUGUGGGCCGCCUCCUUUUUUCCUCUGCUUACAGAUUGUUGUUUUUCUCUGUGAGGGCCAUCUAAAAGCUGUGAUCAUGAACCUCACCUUCCUGUUGUGGCUGGAGAUAAGAUUAAAUGAAUUCUUAGAAACUCAUCACAAGAUGUUUCACUCGAGGAUUUGAGUACAAGAAACAUCAAAGUGAUCAUACUUACGAAAUAAUGACCUCAGAUUUUCCUGUUCUUGACCCCAGCUGGACUGCUCAAGAAGAAAUGGCCCUUUUAGAAGCUGUGAUGGACUGUGGCUUUGGAAAUUGGCAGGAUGUAGCCAAUCAGAUGUGCACCAAGACCAAGGAGGAGUGUGAGAAGCACUACAUGAAGCAUUUCAUCAAUAACCCUCUGUUUGCAUCUACCCUGCUGAACCUGAAGCAAGCAGAAGAGGCAAAAACUGCUGACACAGCCAUUCCAUUUCACUCUACAGAUGACCCUCCCCGACCCUCCUUUGACUCCUUGCUUUCUCGGGACAUGGCAGGAUACAUGCCAGCUCGAGCAGAUUUCAUUGAGGAGUUUGACAAUUAUGCAGAAUGGGACUUGAGAGACAUUGAUUUUGUUGAAGAUGACUCGGACAUUUUACACGCUCUGAAGAUGGCUGUAGUAGAUAUCUAUCAUUCCAGGUUAAAGGAGAGACAGAGGCGAAAAAAAAUUAUAAGAGACCAUGGAUUAAUCAACCUUAGAAAGUUUCAGUUAAUGGAACGGCGGUAUCCCAAAGAAGUCCAAGACCUUUAUGAAACAAUGAGACGAUUUGCAAGGAUAGUAGGGCCGGUGGAGCAUGACAAGUUCAUUGAAAGCCAUGCAUUGGAAUUUGAACUCCGAAGGGAAAUCAAGAGGCUCCAGGAAUACAGGACAGCAGGCAUCACCAGCUUUUGUAGUGCCAGAACCUAUGAUCACCUCAAGAAGACACGAGAAGAGGAGCGCCUCAAACGCACCAUGCUCUCCGAGGUUCUCCAGUACAUCCAGGACAGUAGCGCCUGCCAGCAGUGGCUCCGCCGGCAGGCUGACAUUGAUUCUGGCCUGAGUCCGUCCAUACCAAUGGCUUCGAAUUCAGGUAGACGAAGUGCACCGCCCUUGAACCUCACUGGCCUCCCUGGCACAGAGAAAUUGAAUGAAAAAGAAAAGGAGCUCUGUCAGAUGGUGAGGUUGGUCCCAGGAGCCUAUUUAGAAUACAAAUCUGCUCUAUUGAACGAAUGUAACAAGCAAGGAGGCUUGAGACUGGCUCAGGCAAGAGCACUCAUCAAGAUAGACGUGAAUAAAACCCGCAAAAUCUACGAUUUCCUCAUCCGAGAAGGAUACAUCACUAAAGCCUGAGGCUCUCCCGGCCUGGGAUCAGAAAUCACAAGUUUGGAAUGCGGUGGGCCAAAGGACAGUAUGGGCAUUCUAGAGUUUUGUUUUUGAGCUGAAUUCUCACUGUAGAAAGAGGAGAAGAACAAAGGAAACCUUAAAUUAUAUUAAUGUCUACUUUCUUCUCCACCCUGCUUUAAAAUACUCCUGUUAUUGGUAUUGUGCUGCAGAGUUCUGUGCUAGAUAAGCUAUUAUUAAUUGUGUGUGGGCAUUCAUUCCUAACACCUCUUGUAACUAAAACAAGAACCAUAGUACCUCACAUCACAGUGUUGGUAGAAAUAGAACUAAACCAGUCUUUAGUCCCAGGAGUCCAGCUUAUACUUGCUUGGGAGGUUGGUUUUCUGAUUAUCUGUUUUGCCUUCAAACAUUACAGACAUUUAAAAUAAAGAGGUUAUAUAGAGAGAAAGCUUUCUCUUUCCAUCUGAGGAUUUUUUUUCAAGCUGACAACAUGUUUAUGAGCAAAGAGGAGGAAAAUCUCCCCAUGAUGGUCUUGUCCCAGAAUGUGUCUUGAACUUUAACGUCUGGCUUUAUAAUUUGCAGUCUGACUGUCUGAUCUGCAGUAGACUUUUGAGGAGGUGGCACCGAAUAUAAAAUGUCUAUUUUUAGAGUUAAUGGAUUAAAAUGUUUUGCUACUUAA